AUGUUCACUUCCUCAACAAUGUCUCGACAAUUCACUCGACUGAUUCGAUUUCUGGGAACCGACUCCAAGGUCUACUUUGGAGACGCCAUUCUGCCCUCCGGUGUCAAGGAUGCCCGACUUGCCACUGAGGCCUACCUCAUUGGCGGUGACAUCUUCGGCUCCUACACCGUCACCGAUACCAAGGUUGGCAUUUCCAAGCUGCUUUCUCCUCUUAACGAUGCUCACACCCGAACCGUUCGAUUUGUUGGUAUGAACUACGGUAAGCACGCCGAUGAGCUUGGUCUUCCUCGACCCCAGUACCCUGUUCUCUUCUUUAAGCCCGUCACUGCUCUUAACGGACCUACUGAGGACGUUAUUGUUCCUCGAAUCGCCCAGGCCACUGAUGCCACUGACUACGAGUGUGAGCUUGUUGUUGUCAUUGGUAAGCGAUGCCGAGACGUCAACAAGAAGGAGGCUCUCGACUACGUUCUCGGAUACUCUUGCGGUAACGAUCUGUCCCAGCGAACCUGGCAGACUGAGCGAGGAGGAGGACAAUUCUCUCUCGGAAAGAUGUACGACGGAUGGGCUCCGUUUGGCCCUGCCAUUGUGUCGCCCAAGCUCGCUGGCAAUCCCGACAACCUCAAGCUGUCCACCAAGGUUAACGGCGAGAUUGUCCAGGACGCUGACACCACUGAUAUGAUCCACAAGGUUGCUGAUGUUGUUUCCUUCUACUCCCAGGGCUCCACCCUCAUGCCCGGAGACCUGAUCUUCACCGGCACUCCCUUUGGUGUUGCUGCUGGCCGAAACCCCCACAACUGGCUCAAGGACGGAGAUGUGGUUGAGAUUGAGGUCGAGAACCUUGGAACUCUCAAGAACAAGAUUGUUUUCGAGAAGGGCGAGAAGCCCAAGCUUUAG